AUGUCUUCCAAUCAAUAUCAAUUCAAACUGCAACAAGAGCAUUACCCUCAAGAACUUGAUAAAACUCAUACUGAAUCAUAUAAAAACUUGAAUUCCAAAUUAUCUCAGGUAAUCGUCAACUUCUUCACCAAAACUGCCGUCAUAAUAUAUGAAGCUCGAUCCAUACCAGAGGCAACACCCAUUGAUAUGAUAUCCAAUCUUGAAGAUAAAUCAAAGAUAAAUAGAUGGUUUAAUUUAAAUACGAAUAGUACUAAGGAUUCAUUAAGAGAUGAAUUAAAACUAUGGAAAUCAAUGUCAGAUGUAUCAUCUUUACCUCCAAUGAUAAUAGAAACUUAUUUGGAUUUACGUCAAUUAGGUUCAAAUGAAGCAUUUGUUUUAAAAGAUGACUUUGGAAAGGCUUGGUCAGUUGCAAAAGGUGGUGGUAAACGAAAAGAAGUAGUUUUAGAAAGAUGGUGUAUUGAAUUUGAAUAUAAUGCAAAUUCAAGUGCUAUAAUCGAUGAAUUACCUUUGAUUUAUAAACGAGCAAUUAUAUUAUUAAGGAGUCUUUAUGGAUUUUCAAGAAUUAUAUCCAGUUAUAAGUUAAAGAAAUUGAUAGAUCUGAAUAAUAAACUUAAAAAAUUACGAUUAAAGAAUAAGACUUUUGAUGGUUCAUUACCAAUAAGUUCAAAAGGAAGGGUUGGUUUAUCUAAAUCGAUAAUACCUCAUCAAUUAAUUAUAACUGAAUCUCAUUUAUCCCAAAAAUAUUUCCAACCUGUUCAGACCAGUUUAGGAACCUUCAAAAUAUCAGUGGCUUAUAGAAAUCAUUAUGAAUUUGAUAUAGUUGAUAAAGAAGAAGCUUUAUCUUCGGAAUUUAUGAAUAUGGAUAAUAAACAUAGUACUGGUCCUAGGGCUCGAUUUGACAUUGAUCAUGUUGAAGAAAUUGAUGCUAGUAUAACUUCAAAGCAUUCCCCUCAUCAUCAUCUUGACGAUGACGACGAUGAUCAUGUUGAGCAUGAGCAACAACAAGAAGUUGAAGAUGAAGAUGAAGAUGAGACACAUGAUCAACACCAACAUCAAUCAAUGGAAUAUUCAAGUGAUAUAUCAAAACAUCAAGCGACAUCUAUCCCAGCAUCCAAUAAACGUCUUUCCAUUUCAAGUGUUUCGAUGUCAAUUUCACCAUGUUCGAGUGCAAAUAAAGAUAUAUUAAGAGAAAAUUCUCCAGGCACAGGUGUCAAGAAACCCUCUAAAGUAUCAGCUAUCCAACCAUUUAAAGUGGGAUCGAUAAGUGAUUCUCCUCCACCUAUUGGUAGUGGUGGUUCUUCAUUAGAACGGAAAGUUUCCAUAACUAGUAAUAAAUCAACUUCUAAUGCUUCAUUGGCUGCUACUUUGAGAAACCCGAGAAGUAGUACUUCUUUAUCUCAUACUGCUACCAUUCUAAUUAAUAAUAACCCUACAUCAUCAACAAAUACCCCCACUGGUGGAGGUAUUGUCACUAUGGGAUCUAUUCCAAGAUCCAUUUCAUCAUCACAUGGAUCCAAUCUUCAUCCUGACGAAGCCGUAUUUUCAAAUGAUAGUAAUGCUAAUACUCCAAGAUUUUCAUCUUCAUUUGGUUCAAGAGCUAGUAGAAGAUUUUCAAACACAAGUAUUAAACAGAGUACACCUUUGACAACUAGUACUACUCAAACUUCUCAUGAAAUAUUAGGCACAAGUAUUGGUCUGACUACCUCCAGUGGAGCACCAUUUAGUGGUCUUUAUCUUGAUGAUGAUAUUAAUGAUUUUGUGAGAAUGAUAGAUAGUACCAGUGAUCUUCGAUUUUCAUCCGCUUAUAAUAAUAGUGGAGGUAUUGGUGGUGGUGGUGAUUUAAGAUAUAAUCAAUCAAGUGCUACUAGUGAAAGUUUAAAUCGAUUCCAUUCAUUAAAAAGUCAACAUCAACAAUUGGGUGAAAGUGUACAUGCCAGUUUAGUAUCUCAAUCAGGUACUGGUAGUGGAAUUGGAAUAACUGGUUCAAGAGCAUCUAGUCGUAAGAGUUCUCAUUCAAUGAACUCACCACCGGCAUCCAUACCAUCUAUAAAUUCAAGAUUAAAGGAAAGAUCUCCAGGAAUUGGUGGAGGUAGUGGAAGUAUUAGUGGUGCCGGUCAAUUGUUAUCGUUAUCAUCAUCAUCUCCACCACCAGUUGGUUCACAAAUUCCAAUCACGGGAGUUCCUCCUUCAGGAGCUAUUGUUAAUGAAAUUCGUCGGUCGUUAUCUCCAGAUAAGAGGCCAGAGAAUAAUAGCAAUAGUCCAUUCUUGAAAUCAGCAAGUACGAAUCAAAUUACUCCUAAUACUGUUGUUUCUAGAACCACUGCUCACGGUAAUUCGGUGGUACAUAAGCAUGAUGAAGAUGUAGGUGGCUUGGCUACUACCCCAUCUGUUUAUAAAAAGAGUAUUAGAUAUGAGAACGUGUUUGACGAUGAUGAUGAAGAUGAUGAUGAGUUGGAUUCUAAAGUUGGUACUGCUACUACAAUUCAAACUGAACAAAAUACUCUCAAGAGUAAGCCUACCACUAGUACUGAUGAUAAUAAUCAACAAGCAGAUGUGACUCAAGAUGAUGAAGCGGAAGAUAGAGCUAAUACCACGAUUGAGAAACAGCAUGAAGCUGAUGAUCAUCAUUUACAUCAUCAUUUACACCAUCACCACCAUCAUCAUCACAAUGCUGCUAAUUCUGAAGAUUUUGAGGAUGAUGAUUUGUUAUUCACUAUGAGUGAUAUGAAUUUAACUAAAAAUUAA